CUAGCACCUAUAAGUCGCGCUUGGUUAUCUUUACACAUACAGUUGACCCCUCUCCAUUACACAAUUUAUUCUCUUAUCCACCAUUCCAGUUAUUAUAUUCAUGGGGUUGAUAAUAAGGUGAUGCUAAACGUCGUUGUAAAUUGGCUAUAGCUUUCCUGAGGAGCGCAACAGUUGCCCCACCAUGGCUGGAGGGAGAAGCGCCAACCGCGAGGCUCGCGAGCAACUAGUUCCCAAAGGAGAUGGCACAGCAGCAGCAUCUUCCUCUUCCAUCCACAGCUUUCCCCAGUAUGAUCUCCCGCUUCCUGGGACGUCAUCGCUGGCUGCGGAUGGCGUCGACUCAACCCCAGCCGAUGCGCUUAAUUGUCCAUGGAUCCCGCUUCAGGACGGAAAGGAAAGCCCCCCUCCUGCAGCCGCAUCGGCAUCGGCAACACCUGGGACGGCGGCAGCCCCGACGCCAGGCUCAUCCUCCACAAUUCCUCCAUCAGUCGGGGUGACCGCUGUGUCCGGCGGGGGCUCUGUGGUGCCUAUGGAGAUCCAAGAAGCGCUGCUGCCCGCCCCGCCCCCCGCCCCCCCCUUCCGCCACCCGCUGCCCCCCCGCCAGCGCGUGUGGAGUGUGGUGAUGUUCUGCCUGGUGGCGGCGCUGCUGUUCGCCGACCAGAACCUGCUGGCGCCAAAUCUCACCGCCGCCGCCGCCUACUUCCACAUGAACGAG